AUGACCUGUGUGAUGUUUCCCAGGAUGCCUUGGGGACACCCAGUUCAGCUUCAGACUGCAUCAGUCUGUGGGCUGCAGGGGCUCCUGGUUUGUAGAGGAGGAUGCCUACAGCAGAGAUGCACCCAUCACACACUACUGCGAGAGCUGGCCCAUUUCUAUGGCUAUGUCUACUUCAGACAAGUCAAGGACGCCGCUGUCAAGAGGCUACUUUCAGAAGUGUGCAACGAGAUUGACCAAUGGCAAUCUCCGGUGCCAGGGCUGACACUCAACCUGCCUGUGAUGGGCGUGGUCAUGCAGGUCAGGAUCCCAUCCAAAAACGACAAACCAGGGGGAAGCCCGGAGAAACGGGCACAAAAGGAGGUGUUUCCAGUCCUUCCUGAUGCAGAUGCUCUGGGAGCUCAUGCUGCUCUGGGAGCUCAUGCUGCUCUGGGAGCUCAUGCUGCUCUGGGAGCUCAUGCUGCUCUGGGAGCUCAUGCUGCUCUGGGAGCUCAUGCUGCUCGGGGAGCCCAUGCUGCCACUGUCAGGGAGCCCUCUCCCACUGUCUCCUCGGAGACCGUGCUUGCCCUAGGGAGCUCGAUUACUCCACUGCGGUAUUGCUGUGAUUACAGGCCCUACUUCACCAUACACGAUGCUGAGUUUAAGGAGUAUACCACUACGACACAGGCACCGCGAUCCCAAUGUGAUUCUGGGGGUCACUAAUCCCUUCUUCAUAAAGACCUUCCAGUCCUAGCCCCACAUUAUACGCCUUGGCGAACUCAAGAUGUCAGGUGAUCUGCCUAAGCAGGUGAAGAAACCAGCCAAGCUGAAAACACUGGACACUAAGUCAGCUGUAGGUAUCUACACAGCACAUAAAACGUUCCUUCAAAAAGACAAGUCUCAUCAAAAGACUCCAAAAAGGGAUCCAGAGGAAGAGGUUAUCUGAGGUGCAGAGUGCCAUCUUGAGGAGACAUCUGUUAGAACUCACCCAGAGCUUCAUCAUCCCACUGGAACUCUACCUGGCCAGCCUAUGCCUCUGCUAGAGGUCUGACUCAUUGGAAGAUCCGUUUCCUUCAGUCGAGGAGUUCAUGGGGAGUCUGGCGCACGUUGGACCUCAGCUCACCUCUGUGCUCAAAGGGGAUUGGGUGGGCCUGUACAGGACCUGCUGGGUUGGACCAAAGGCAAGUCAGAGGUGGACCUGGUUCUGAAGCUGAGAGAAACUGAUGAAGGCUGGCAAGCAGCAGCUCCCAGUGAAGGAAGGGGCACUGGGGAAACUAGAGGGAUACCUCCAGACAAUCACCAACUCUCUACCAGAGGACCUGCGGACUGUACUACACAGAUACUGACGCUAACACUGACACUGCUGAAUAUACAGAAGCUGAAGUGUUUUUGUUUUUAGUCUUUUUAAAAACAACCUGAAACUAAAAGUAUUGCCAUCAGCCAAACCACUACCCCCAUCUGAGUAAGAUAAUGACGAUUUAUAAUGUAGCAAACUAGAAGUUUUAGGUAAUAUGAGAAACAUAGCUAUGGUUCAUCUUGACAAUAACAUUAGGUCAAGGGGAAUAGAGUAGUUGAAAUGUAGACUUUAUGAGAUUAUGCCUUCAUUAAGUAUGCUGAUUGUUACUAGUGGGAUUGAAGUAUACACCUGUGGAGAGGGACAGGUUUGAGUAUAGCCUUUUGCUCUAUUCCAGCUUUUCAGAAGAAACAUGCGUAGUUGUUAGUGUAAAAUAUGAAUAUCAUAUGCACUUUCUACAUUUGUUUUAUUUUGUUGAGUUUAAAACUCCUGUCAUUAAACCUAUAAAAGGGGUGAAUUACA